AUUUGAAAAUCAAACCAGAUCAAAUGCCUCGCGCGAGAAAGCUGCUCCUGAUUGGUCAGAGUUUGAAAAAUCCAGGAAGUAAACAAACAUGCGAUCAUUUUCCCGCCCAUGAGAGGCCAGUCACUGAGGAGGAAGCGGCUCAGCGGUAAAGACAAGUAGCCUACAGACAUGUCGCAUAUUUGGGAAGAAGAGUGGAAGAAAGAUCUGCGCUCCAUCCUGAUGGAUCUGCGUGAAGAGCAGUUUGAUACGACGCUGGAACUUUUAACUAAAAUCCCGCGAUGUCAUAAGACUGGUGAGUCCAAGUCCAGAGAAAAGAUGCCCCAGAUAAUCUGUGAGCACUACUCUCUACUGGACUCCAUCGCUGCAAUCAGUGAUAUAAUCGAGCGAAUACCGAGGAAUGAUGAGCCUGUCCAGAGCCUGCUGCGCCCCCAUGUGGAGAAAAUGAGGAAGGAGCGCGAGAAAGAGAGCCAAGGGCAGAAGAGGAAACGUGAAGAGAGGGAUGACGUGCCGACAGAUGUGGCCCCACUUCAGUCUAAAAUCCUGAAUCAGCAGAGGAGCUCCCAACCCAACAUGGACAGAAACACUCCUUCUCAGAAGAUAUCCAUCUGUGAUGUGAAAUCCACCGGAAUCCUUGAGACACAAUUCAUUGCUGCAAAAGUUGUACAGAAAUCCGGGCUGCGCACAUACAGAACCAAAGCGAAAGAGAAAAAGUGUUUAUUUUAUCUGGGGGUUGCAGAUGAAACAGGCAGCAUUAAAAUGACGGUAUACGGAAAAGAUCACGAUAAAAAAUUAAAGGAGGGGAGCUCCUACUUGUUCAGGAAGCUAAUACAAGAUGAGUCUGGCCCUAAGGUUACCACAUCUAGCAUAGUAUCACAGACACGUUCUGUCGAUGUCCCAGAGCAGCUGGAGAUGGAAGCACAGAAGCUGAUUUAUCCUGAGAGCCCAGUUUACUCCAUUAAAGAAGCCAAAUCAGCUGCUGACAGGACCGAAGUGACUGUGGAAGGAACCGUCACAGACAUUCAUCCUGUGGAAAAAGUUAAGGUGAAGCACAAACAGGAGAAGACAAAGAAGCAAACUUUCCAGCUGGAAGAUGAGACCGAUUCCAUCGGGAUCUGCAUGUGGGGCGACGCCACCGAGCAGUGCAAAGGAUUAUCACCCGGAGAUGUCAUUAAGGUUUCCAACAUGAAGACCAAGAAGUACUAUGACAACAUUUCCCUGGACUCAACUGGAUACACCAGAAUUGACAAGGUUCAAAGUGUCGGCACCCACAAUGCGAAGAUUCAGGUUAUGGGAAUCAUUAAAGCCACGAAGAAGGAGACUCACCUGGAGGCAGAGUUCAACCAACAGGUGCACACGUUGGUUGUGGCCUCUCGACUUCUGGCAAACGCAUUUGGCUUCGACCUGAAGGGAGAUUUUAAAGAAAGUCUCCUUAAUAAAAUGCCACUCUCAGCAGAUGCAGAAAUACAAGGACAGAAAAUUACCAAAAUUACAGCUGUUGAAGAGAUGUAAGAAAAACAUGAUCAGGGAGCACAGCUAAAAACAUACUGGAUGGAUUUUUACGUACACAAACAUUUUUGAUAAACAUCCCUUAAAUUUGUGGAUUAAAGAAUGUUGAUCUGUUUUUGUUUAAAACCUUUUAAAUAA